AUGCCUGUCCCCAGCUACGGUGCCAUGCCUCUGAGCAAGAUGUUCCUCCUCGUCCGAAUUCUCCAGGCGCUUGCCAUGGUCAUUGUCAUCGGCAUCUGCAGCAACUUUGUCCAGAUGAUCGUUGUCACCGGCAUCGAGCCCCCCAAAGAGUUCGUCGGUACACUCAGUGUGGCCUGCAUCGCAACGCUGUACAUCAUGGUCAGCGUCGGCUACUACUACUCGUUCGCCAACCUCGGCCUCCUCAUCAUGGCCGGCGUCGACUCGCUCCUGCUCAUCGCCUUCAUCGUCUGCGCCGUCACCCUCGGCAAGCCCAUGAGCUACCUCAACUGCUAUGUCAUCGGCAAGUCAUCCUACGAGGCCGAUACGGCCAACGCCUAUGCCUUUGUCACAGCCACCACCCAGAACCUCAACCAGGACGGCAGCGGCCUGGACAUGACGCACUGGGCGGGCGCCACGAAGAGCAACUGCUUUCAAGCGAAGACCGUCUGGGGUCUCAGCGUCGCUCUUUGCAUUCUUUUCACCACUUCCUGCGCCCUUCUGCCCACCCUCUGGUACAAGAACAAGAAGGCCACCCCAGCGCCCAAGAGCGUUGAGGAGGCUUGA